AUGUCGAAUAUACUAGAGCAUCAACGACAACGACUUGAAGAGAUAGAAUGUAUAGAAGAAGCCAUCAGCAGUCGAUUACAACGGAACCCUCAUCUCGUUCCGGAUGGUAAUACCAAUGUGUUGUUACCCAGUAAACGACAGAAGAGACCAUGGAACGAGAUGAUGCAACAGAAACAUGAACUCAGGUAUUUGAGUCAGCAAAUGAUGAACAAAGGCAAAGAAGUCAAAGACACUAAGGAAUCAUUGAAGGAAGAAUUCAUUAACGAAUUAGACCAAUUGAAUGAUCCAAAACGAACUUUUGCACUGUUUGAUGAAAUGUUUCAAGAUCUCCAAUCCAAAGCUCAAGCUCAAGCUCAAGCUCAAACAUCAACAGAUACCCAUAGCGGCAGUUUGGCAGUAUCGUAUCUGAUGUAUUCCAGUACUCCUAAGAGUGAAUGGAUACAGUCGUCGUCAUCAUCAUCAUCGUCCAGUACCAGCAAAAGAACGAAGAAGAAAUAUAUACUUAGUGAAGCAGCUAGCCAUAUUGAUCUCAAUGAAGUGUUCGCCUAUGAAGAAGGCUCAGGACGAUAUCUUGACUUGAGACUAUUCUAUUCCUGGUAUAGAGACCAUAUUGAUAAUCAAUCCACCUACACUGAAUAUCUAUCUUUGUGGUGGGUGUUGCCAUACAAGAAGGAGAAGAAGGCCGAUGGUUAUAAUGAAUACGUUACCCAACUUUAUACGUAUUUGAUUGACUUUUAUAGGAGGAGUCACCCUUUGAAUCAGAUACCCCCAGAAGUCCAGAUAAAUGACCACGACGGCAAUGACCUGGAACCAGUUGAAGGGGCGAAGAUCUUUUGUGGUAGUUGUAACAAAUGGUUUACAAAACAAUCUGUUUACCAAGGACAUUUGACAGGAAAGAAACAUCAAAUGAAUAAAGUCAAACAACUUGAACCUAUCAUAAUGUUACUCGUCACAAAAUAUCUUAAUGAGGAACGAGGAGCCACCAUUACUCACCAUGAGCGGUUGCCACUUAUGACUGAUCGAGAACGAGAACUCGAACGUAUCAACAACGAAGGGUAUGGCUCAGAAUAUACCAGUGUUGAUGAGAACGAUGAAGAUAGAAUUGAUAGUGAUGAAGAACUUAAGAACAAAAAUGAUGACGAUGAUGAAGAUGACGAUGUGAACUCAAAAGAUCUUCCUAUUGGACCAGACGGAAGGCCAAUGCCCUUCUGGUUGUAUCGUUUACAAGGGCUUCAUCGAUCAUUUGAAUGUGAAAUCUGUGGUAAUGUCUCGUACAAAGGACGGUUGCUCUUUGAGAAACACUUCAAUAACACCAAACAUCAACAAGGGCUCAAGUUCUUGGGUAUUUCAGAAGACAAACUUGUUCUAUUUAAGAACAUAACACUGAUCUCCGAGGCGAAUGACCUCUGGAUGCAAAUCAAAAAGCAAAAGAGACUUGACGCCGCAGAGUUGGAAGAAGCUGUGGAAGUCGAGGAUAACGAAGGUAACGUUAUGUCCGUCAAAGACUAUAACGAUCUAAAGCGACAAGGCUUAUUGUAA